AUGCAUGGUCGUCCGUAUCUGUUCGCCGAUGGAUGCGAGUACUCUUCUUUUGCAAAGUUUAUUCAAGCGAUGAUAGACAGAAAGUCAAUAGAGGGUUCGGUUUAUAACUAUCUGAAAAUCAAUUCCAUGUCUUGGAAAGAAUUCAGUGAAGAACUAUUAUUCUUCAACUCCGUUAUGCAAAUAAAAAACGAGUUGCAACUUAUCCUUAACGACCCAAAUGUUCGUGACAUCUUCUAUGGUAGAGAAGAGUUUGAGAAAUCUUCUACAGAAGUUUCCAUCUAUGAAGACCAAAAUCUGUAUGUUGUAGUUGACAGACUUCCAGAGGAACGGUUGAAAUUUGUUGGAGAAUUUCCAAUAGUUUAUAUAUCUUGGGGAUUAUUAAAUGAUUGUUAUCCAUUUAAUCCUCCGAAAAUUCCUUUCCCUCUGGAAACGUUAAAGAAAUUUGACAACAUUCUCGAUACACAUCUUGGACUAGAUUUCCGAUCGAAAUACAUAAAUCUUACCGCGAUUGCAUUAGACUGGAAA